GUCUUCUCGUACGCUCGGUUUCUAUGGUGCUUUCCACGUUGGUGGAAGGUGUCGCGGCAUUUCGGCAAUGAAGCGGAAGGCGUCCCCCAGCAAGACCUCAACGCCAGCCAAGAGGCAACGGGCGGAGAUUCCAGAGUACCAUCUCUCACCGUCAGUGAAGGAAGUGGACGGCAGUACCCAGUGGCCUGCGCCGAGGACCCAGCUCGAACGUGCUCGUCAAGUUAUCAGGGAAAGGCAUGGCUACGACACAACCUUACACCAAUCAGGCCGCUAACAAUCUCUUCAGCGCCGAAGCGAAGAGGAAUGUACUCAUUGUACCAGACAAGGAUGCAGACGGCUUAAGCUCUGGCGCCAUUCUUCGGCAUACCCUGGUGUUAUUGGGUCUUCCAAAGAACCACAUCCAUGUGCACUUACUAUCAAAAGGCAACACUGUCCAUAGCGAACCAGAACGUGAACUGAUGAGAGCCUACGACCCAGCGUAUAUCUUCGUUAUCGAUCACGGCUCCCGCCCUGGGCCGCCGGUCGUGGCUUCCGCCGGAACCAUCUCAUUCAUUAUCGACCAUCAUUAUGCCACAGAGAGCGACUUUCCCGACCGAUCGGAGCACGUGACAGCAUGCCACUCGCCUCCUGUAGCAACCUCGUCACUACUUACGUACGAGAUUUGCCGGCCACUGCAUCCGGGGGUGCAAGAUAGAUGUGAUUGGCUAUGCAUCGUAGGGACUCACGGCGACUUAGGCAACACCCUGAAGUGGGAAGCCCCAUUCCCGGACAUGUCGCAGGCAUUAAAGAAAUACACGAAGAAGGUCCUAAACGAUGUUGUAUCCCUUGUCAAUGCACCAAGACGGACAGCAACUUACGAUGUCUUGUCCGCGUGGACGGCAUUGUGCGAGACAAACGAUCCGGCUUCCGUGCUCAAGAAUCCGCGACUGCUAAGCGCACGGAGUGAGGUCAAUGCUGAAGUUGAGCGCUGUACCCACGCUGCGCCCAAAUUCAGCCCCGAUGGCAAGGUCGCAGUUUUUCGAAUCCGCAGUGAGGCGCAAGUACAUCCGGUUAUAGCGACGAGGUGGGCGGGCCACCUGACCAGCAAAGCUUUAGAGAUAGUGCUUGUGGCAAACGAAGGCUAUCUGCCAGGAAAGGUUAACUUUUCAUGUCGGAUUCCGCGAUGCGCAAGGGGUCGUGAUCCUCCAAUAUCGAUCAUCGAGCGGCUACGAUAUUACGCCAGCCUUAGAAGCCUCGACGGUGUUGAGGACAACCAUGGGCAGAGCGAACAUGAGCAGUCGCGACCAUUACUCGAGCGGCUGGGUAACGACUUCGCUCGCGGUCAUGUACAAGCGUCAGGUGGUAUUGUGGGUGCGGAGGAGUUCGAGGAGCUCAUGCGGCUGAUGCGCAUCGGAGAGAAGCCGCCGAAGAAAGAAGGAGCUGAGGACUCUCCUAAAAAGGCCAGCAAGAAGGCUGGUAUCGAUCCCGGCCAAACUAACACCUUAAAAGGCUACUUCAAGAAGGCUAGCGCGACUUCGAUAGCAUCCUAAACAAGAUAUCUACCUAGUCGGCCUU